UCUAUAUUUAUUUGGUAAUUUCAUUUUUUAAAUGAGGUUAACCAUGGACACUGUUGCAACUUUUUUUGUGUUAACAAUUUUUUCAUCCACACAUGCAAGUAUUUCAAAUUUUGCUGAACUUUAUAAGGAAACUGAAGAUUUGAUAAGGCUAUCUGAAACCUACCAGAGAUUGGAAAAUAAUAAUGAAUAUUUUACCAAUUUUGACCCCAAUAAGAAGCCUUUUGAUUAUGGAACUUUUGAUUUUAUCGUUGUCGGGGCUGGAACAGCAGGUGGUGUUGUGGCUAAUAGAUUAUCAGAAUCAAGUUUUAAAGUAUUAUUAGUUGAAGCGGGCCCCCGAAAUCCAGACACUGUGUCAGUGCCAGCUCUUGGAGGAUAUUUUAUUAGAACACCGUGGGAUUGGGGUUACAAUACAACUGUACAGGAGAAUGUUUGCCUUGCAACAAUCGAUAAACGUUGUAUUUAUCCAAGAGGUAAAAUGUGGGGUGGCAGCAGUAGCCUUAAUGGAAACCACUACACUAGAGGCAGCAAGUGGGAUUAUGAUCUUUGGGCAGAAAUUGUUGGCAAUAAUGACUGGUCUUAUGAAAACAUUUUACCUUAUUUUAAAAAAGCUGAAAAAGCAAUGUUUAAAAUCGAUUUUGAUCGAAAUUAUCAUGGCUUUAGUGGCCUUCAAUGUGUAGAUUUGCCAGAAGACACACCAGGAUUGACUACAAUGUUAUUAGAGGCUUUCAAAGAGAAAGGAUCAAUUGAGCUGGAUUAUCAUGGACAGAGCCCCUAUGGUAUCAGUAGGGUACAAAAUUUUUUGGAUGGAAAUAUUCGUGCUGGAACUGCCCAUGCUUAUAUAAGACCAGCGGCUGAUCGACAUAAUUUAAUUAUAAGUGACAAUUCAUUGGUAACUAAAGUUAUUAUUACCAAUAAUAGAGCAGUGGGUAUAGAGUUUGUGAAAAAUGGAAAACUAUAUUUUGCUCAGGCUUCCAAAGAAGUAAUUUUGUCUGCUGGUGCCAUAAAUACACCACAAGUCUUGAUGCUAUCUGGCAUUGGUCCUUUACAAGAACUGAAAAAACAUGGGAUUAAAGUUGUUAAGGAUCUACCAGUGGGUAAAAAUUUACAAGAACACGUUGGAUUUUUUGCACCAUUUUUCAGGACCAAUCACACCUACUACAACCUAACACUGAAAGAGCAACUGAACUUUUGGUAUGCGAAUAAAAGACCAAUGACUUCUGGCGCGGGAUCACAAGUUAUUAGCUUUACAAACCUCAAAAAUAAUACAUAUAGUAGACCAGAUAUUGAGCUCCUCGUUAUUGGUCCAAGAUUUGUGAGCAGUACAAUUGCAACCAGUAAUAGAUUUAAUGAAGAGUAUACAGCUGCAUACCAAAUCCUGAACGAGUACACUGAUUUUGCAAUAAGUGUUAACUUAUUACAUCCUGAAUCAAAAGGAGAAGUCACACUUCAAUCAAAUGAUCCACGAAAAUAUCCUUUAAUAGACCUUAAUAGUUUUUCCGUUGAAAAAGAUUUAGAAACAAUGUAUCAAUCAAUAAAAUCGUUAUUAGAACUACAAAAUACCAAAGCUUUCAAAAACUUCAAAGCAGAACGCUUGUUUGUGGCAAUGCCAGGAUGUGACGAAAAAUACAAAAUAGAUUCUAAAAAGUGGUGGUAUUGUGCGUUAAAACAGGUUGCAUUUCCUGGUUACCAUCCCAUAGGUACGGCAAUAAUGGGUGCAGAUCCCUGUAACUCUGUUAUCGAUUCGGAACUUAAAGUUCACGGAAUUCGAGGACUUAGAAUUGCAGAUGCUAGUAUUUUUCCAGUUACAAUCUCUGGUCAUACAGCCGCUCCUGUUGUCAUGAUUGCAGAAAAGGUAUCUGCUCUUAUUAAAGCUGAGCACAGAGACUAAAUAUAAAUAUUGUAAUAAAACUUGAAA